AUGUACGAGUGUGAUCUGCAUGCCCAGUUCUCAAAAUUUGGCCUGAUCACUGAAGUCUUCGGGCCAAAGAACAAGAUGGAUUCGGCUUCUGUUCGGCGUGGCUUUGUCACUUUCCUUGAAACGGAUUCAGUAAGACGCGUUCUUGAGGCCCAGCCACACCUAUCUUUGCAUCCCAGAAUCCUGGUACCAGAUAGAGUGGAAGAUGACCUUACCCAGUCUGACGAUGAAAACGACGCUACUCUCGCCUCCUAUGAUCCUACAAUAUUCAUCGGCCAUUUGAAACAUGAAGUUACCACGUCGCACCUGGAAGACAACUUUUUUCAUUUUGGGAGGGUUUCAAAGGCUACCGGGGUCGGCAACCCAUGGCUCGCGAGCCAGGUGUGGCUCUUUUGA